AUGUCUGAGCUGACUCGUUUGUGCACCACCGGUUCGGAUGCUGCUGCCCCUGGAACGGAAGCGACUGCAUCCCGCAAUGUUUCUUCGUUGCCUGAAAAGAUUGGCGCUGCUGAAAACACCUCUUACCCUCCGCCCUGGGAAAAUCCUUGGCUGUAUGCGCUUGGGCCACCGAAGCCCCCACCAAAGUAUACAGAAGUUGUCGAGUCGAAGGAAGAGUUUCGAUGGGUGGAACGGCUGUAUCCGAUUAGUGUUAUUCCUCCAGUUCCUCAACACAAAGUUUAUCCUACCCCAUCGGGCUGGGUUCCGCCAAAAGACCCUCCCCCUGAUUUGCCGUAUCUCGUCCGUCGCACCCGUUUUCACACGUUCCCGGUAUAUUUGGAAACCCGAAGGGACAUGUUGGACUUCGAAACUAUGGAAUUCAACUACGUGGAAUUGGUCAUUCUAAAACGCAUUGAAGGCGACGUUUUCGCUUGUGAAAAGGAUCUUGCGACCUUCCUUCAAGCAAAGCUAGGACAUCCGGUUGGUACCCAUGUGAACGAAGCUCAAGGAAAAAUACGAGUCAAAGGAGCUGAUCGGUCAUUAGUUGAGCAGUUUUUGAUUGCCAGUGGAUUUUGA